UAGACAGGUAAGUUUCGGUCUGUGUGCGCGUGGGUGUCGCAGCUUCUUCUCUCCAUCUAAAAGAGUAAUACAUCUGGAGUCACAGAUGGAGUCUCAGUUGGAGUUGCAGCUUGAAUCAUAUCAGGAUUCACAGCUGGAGAAGGGGGCCCAGUUGGAGUCACAGCUGGAGGCACAUCGGGAUUCACAGCUGGAUCUAGGGGCCAAGCUGGAAUCAAAGCUGGAGUCACAGCUGGAUUUAUAUCAGGAUUCACAGCAGGAGCAGUGGUCAGAGGUGGAGUCUCAGCUGGAGUCAUAUCAGGAUUCACAGCUGGAUCUAGGGGCCCAGCUGGAGUCACAGCUGGAGUCCCUGCUGGAUUCAUAUCAGGAUUCACAGCUGGAUCUAGGGGCCCAGCUGGAGUCACAGCUGGAGUCCCUGCUGGAUUCAUAUCAGGAUUCACAGCAGGAGCAGUGGUCAGAGGUUGAGUCACAGCUGGAAUCAUAUUGGGAUUCACAGCGGGAUCUAGGGGCCCAGCUGGAGUCACAGCUGGAGUCACAGUUGGAUUUAUAUCGGGAUUCACAGCAGGAGCAGUGGUCAGAGGUGGAGUCUCAGCUGGAGUCGUAUCGGGAAUCACAGCUGGAUCUAGGGGCCCAGCUGGAGUCACAGCUGGAAUCAUAUCGGGAUUCACAGCUGGAUCUAGGGGCCCAGCUGGAGUCACAGCUGGAAUCAUAUCGGGAUUCACAGCUGGAUCUAGGGGCCCAGCUGGAGUUCCAGCUGGAGUCCCAGCUGGAUUCAUAUCGGGAUUUACAGCAGGAGCAGUGGUCAGAGGUGGAGUCACAGCUGGAGUCAUAUCGGGAAUCACAGCUGGAUCUAGCUGUCCAGCUGGAGUCACAGCUGGAUUUAAAUCGGGAUUCUCAGCAGGAGCAGUGGUCAGAGGUGGAGUCACAACUGGAGUCAUAUCGGGAUUAACAGCUGGAUCUAGGGGCCCAGCUGGAGUCACAGCUGGAU